AUGUAUGAAGCCGUCUUUAACAAAGGCACAGUGAGCAGCAAAACGUCCACCCGCCUCUAUGGAGGAGCCUUGUUCAGCAUCUCAUUAAUUUUAUGGAAUUCCAUGUACACGGUAGAGAAGGUGAUCAUUCGCUGGACGCUACUCACAGAAGCUUGUUACUUCAGCAUACAGCUUAUCGUUACUACAGUGACGGUGAUCGAGAGUGGAUCUGCCACCAUGGCUGCUGCUGUCCUCCUCAGCUGUUGUCUCCUCUUCGUCCUUGUCAGCAUCUACUUCUACUACCAAGUUGGCCGCAGGCCCAAGAAAAUAUGA